AUGGAUACUUAUACAAAAAUACUAUUCCUUUUAUCUUUCCUUAUAAUUAUAUUCAUCGGAUUUUUGAAAAAUCCAUCUAUAUUUCCUGAAAAUGGCCCUGAAAUUGAUGAUCGAACGAUAAUUUUGAAAUAUUACGAAAAUUUUCAGAAAGAUGGUGCUAAUUGGAGAAGAGACACUACUCCCCAUCCCACAAUAAAUACUAAUUAUUUGGUGAGUUAGGCUAAUGAAGUAUAGUAAUCUUAUUCUCCAAAAAUCUCUUUAACUUUUCCAGGAACGCUUAAAUUCUUACAACUACUCAACAGUUACCGCUGACUGCAAUUCAAGUCAUAAUGUUGAUAAGAAAAAAUUGUCAGCAAUCAAAUAUAAUCAUGAAAGAUGUGAAGUUGUGAUGUUGGUUCGAUUUUGGCAUCAACCAGAUAUUCUUUGGUUUAAUUAUGAAAAUGCUAUGAAAAUAUGUGAUGAAGAAAAUGGUGCAAGAGAUGUUCAGAUUUUCCCAUUUGAGUCGAAUUCGGGAGAUGAAGUUAAUGAUAUGAAGUACUGGGUUGCGAUGCCGAAAUGUGUAAGUUGACGUAAAUGUCAUUAAUACUUUUUGCUAUUCAAGAAACAGUUUUCUUUCAGAAAAUUGGUUCUAACAUUCUUCUAAAAAUUGGAAAAAAUACAGAUAAGUCACCUGAAGAAUCUCUCAAAACCUACAUUCCCGAUCUACAGAUCAUUUAUAUCGAGAAGAGUCCAGAAAAUUUUGAAGAAACUUUAACCAACAUCAAAGGAUCGAAUUCAUCAAUAAUAAUUGAUAUGCUAUGGAUCUCUUACGAUUCAAAUCUUGAAUUUCUCAAACUUUUGAUGAAUUUGACAAUUGAAAAAAUGAAUGUAGUUGUUUGUCAAAUGAAUAUGGAAGUCGCUAAGGAAAAUGCAAUAAUUUUUGAGAAGUUUUUGCACAGUUCGUAUGCGCGAGCAAAUUAUAUUGGACUUCGACCGAGUUCACCAAGGAAUUCAACUCUUCGAAGUGGAUAUUUUCAAAAUAUUAAAGAUGAUCGAUGUAUUUUGAAAUUUUUGAAAUAA